AUGGUGGGUACUGAGAGAUGGACUGUCAUCAUAAGCAGAAAGAAAGACAUUCUGGAUGGGGAGAACACUGCGGGCGAAGGCCUGCUGGUGGAAAAGGGUCUGAGGUCUGGGUGUGGAGAGCAGACGGAUGUGUUCAAGCGUCGCCAGGAAGAGGGGCAGGGGUUGCCGCCUCGAGCACAGGCCAAGUUUCAGAGCACUAGGGUGUAUCAGUUCUCCGGGAUUACAACGGAAUACCUGAGGGACACUGGGGACCGAAAGGGGACCUCGGAGAAUGUGGCCUCCAGGGGGAGCCCAGCGGCCCCUGCUCCCCGCGCUUCCUACCCCUCGCCGCCCCGGGCCGUCCUCCUUGACCUUCCCACAUCCCCUUUCUUACUGCUCCGAGGCCCCAGGGGAAACAUUCGAGGGGACCGGGCGAGACGUGUCUACGGGACUUGGGAGAAGGGGUGGACGGCUGGGGACCACAUCACACCCCGGCCCCUUGCGGUCAGCGUCACCGUGGGGGGCAAGCAGUACCUCCUAGGACUCUAUGACACGGCCGGACAGGAAGACUAUGACCGUCUGAGGCCUUUAUCUUACCCAAUGACCGAUGUCUUCCUUAUAUGCUUCUCGGUGGUAAAUCCAGCCUCAUUUCAAAAUGUGAAAGAGGAGUGGGUACCGGAACUUAAGGAAUAUGCACCAAAUGUACCCUUUUUAUUAAUAGGAACUCAGAUUGAUCUCCGAGAUGACCCCAAAACUUUAGCAAGACUGAAUGAUAUGAAAGAAAAACCUAUAUGUGUGGAACAAGGACAGAAACUAGCAAAAGAGAUAGGAGCAUGCUGCUAUGUGGAAUGUUCAGCUUUAACCCAGAAGGGAUUGAAGACUGUUUUUGAUGAGGCUAUCAUAGCCAUUUUAACUCCAAAGAAACACACUGUAAAAAAAAGAAUAGGAUCAAGAUGUAUAAACUGUUGUUUAAUUACGUGAGAAACAUCUUCAGUGGCCAAGGAAAUUGUCCAUUUCUCUCAGAAAGCAAAUGAAAUGCUACAGCUAUACCCAGACCUUUUAUAGGUAAUGAAGCAGUUCAAAACUUGAAAGAAAACAAAACCUGUCCUCAGAAUUCUAUAAAGGUUAUUAAGAAUGUUCCUUAAAGGUUUAAGAAGCAGUAAGCAGCAUCUGAAGCCACAAUCUAUUAUAAAUACUUUAUUUCAACUAGAAGGUACAAUCUCUCAGGGGUUUCAUAGUUUAAAAAGCUACAAUCACAUCAUGUUGUAACUACAUAAAAAACAGUGCUGUAAAUGGAACUGCUUGGCUUUGACCAUACACAUUUCUGCACAGCCCUUACAGAAUCUGCACAAAGAAGUAUCUCCCUUUGCUCCAGUUAAUUGUUCUUGUACGUAAGUUGCUUUCUAUUCCAGUAUAUCCAGAGUGGUGAAAUAACAAGGCCAGCCACGUAGCCAAAGGUCGCUCCAAGCGUACAGGAGAUGGGCCAUACCUGAGGAGAGAAUGUAUGAGAUCAAAAAAGAACAAAUGUUUUUAUUAUUACUUGAGCACAAGUGUAACCUAAAUAUUUCUAUAUUAAAGCUUAAUGUGCUUUCUUAAAGAAUGCCAAAAGUGUAAUAAGGUCAUAAUUGCAUUUAUCAUGAACACUAAAAAUGUACACAUUUUAGUUAAUGUGCAUUAAACUGUAACAAGGCUCUGGCAAUUGUAGAUUUAGUUUGAUGCUCCCCAAAGUGCAUGAGACACAUGCUAAAAUUACAAAUUAAAAUUUUGGGUCAGACUUUGCCAUAAUGCUGGACUCAAUUUAGCUCUCUGAACUAGUUGGUAAUUUUUUUUUUUUUAAUUCCCACUUUGGCUGUGUACAUCAAAUGAAAUGAGAAUUGUGUAUGUUGACCAAACCACAAGAAACUUUAAGUUGUGUUAAAGAGGGAAGACCUAGAAUCCAAGCAUGUUACGUGAAAAUUGUAACAGAACAGCUGCUUCCACCUUUCAGAUAUAGAUGUUGGAACCACAGCAGAAGUUAUAGAAUGACAACUUAUAUACACAUCUAGAAUGUAAGUUAAACAAAAUACCGGCUUCCAGAGACCCAUUUUCUCCAGCUAUAUUACAUUAGGCUAGAAGUAAUUAAUUUUGAAUUAUUUAAUCUACAAGCAGUGCAUGUGUUGGUCCCUAAGUGAAAGGCUCUGCUUAAAAAAAAAAAAAAAAAGUUGGAGAAAAAUUUUCAUGUUCUUCUGUGAAGCUUAUUUGGUACACUGGAGCCAUUUCUAAUCUUUCUCUGGGGGGAACAGGCCACAGAACUGUGUUAGAGGUGAACCAUCUUAAUUACUAGUUCUAUUACCUAAUUCAGCUUCCUUGUUUGGUCUGCUGUGGAUCUGCCUUAUUGCAUAUGCCAUGCAUCAGAUAAUGGUGUUAGACAAAGCUUCAUUGUGAACAACCUAAUGCAUUUUAGAGAAACAAUCUCAUCUACACAUUUUUUUCUAGCCUUUCCUACAUUUAAACUUGCUGUUGCCUAAAUUAUAAUUUUUUAAAUGUCUGUGGUGGGCUUCUGUUAAUUCACAUGACUUAAGCUUAUAGCUAUGUCUACUGCACAGAUUGGGUAAUGGAACACUAAACUUUUAUACUUGAAAAUGACAGCCUUAAAUGCUCAUAUCAGUCACAAAUCUAGGAUGUACUGUCUUGUUGUAUGUGAGCUUUGUAGAGAUUUUUAAAAAUACAAGCAUCACCUUUCCAUUGAAGAGUGGAGAGAGUCUACUGGAUGACUGGCCAGGAACUUUCUCUCUGCAUCAGACAUUUGGAUGUCUUCUUUCUUCCAAGAAAUGGUGGUUCACAUUAAGUAUCAUGGCCUUAUGUAUGCUCAAAUGGAAUCUUAUGUAACUUUCUUAUUUAAUUUUGGUCUGCUAUUUUUAGAUAAAAUUGAAAGGAAUUGUAUAAAUCAAUUAACAUAUUAGCUAAGUUGUCCAACACAUGGUAUAAAGGAAUUACAACAGUAAACUAUUAUACAUUUCGAACUUGC